AUGCCUCUUAAAAAGCUACAAGAGAAAGGUUUUCUAGAGAAGAACAAACUGAUAGUUAAAGUGGAAGUUAAAGUAGUUGAAGUUGUUGAUCAAGGAGAUGCCACCGGGAACGUGAUAUUCGAUUAUAAUGGUUUCCAAAUUCUUUCUUCUCAGGUUAUAUCAGUGAGUAGGCUGUUCAUGAAGCACCCGGACGUUGCAGUAAAUUUCAGACUCUCGAACCAGUUAGUGAAGACAACUUACAUGAAUAUCCUCCUCGGUCUUAUCGAGACACUGAACAAGCCUCCACGUAGCAUCUCCGAGACUGAGCUAGGAAACGCUCGCAGCGAUUUAAUCGAUCUAACACAAGCAGGGUUCAAGCUAGACUGGUUGAAGAAAAAACUUAAUGAGGUUUCCUUGGAGAGGAAGAAGAAUGCUGAUGGUAUUCGAUUCCAAGAACUUGAGGAACAAAUCAAGAAUCUUAAAGCUGAACUGAACAAGGAGAAGGUCAAAUAUGCUGCUAAAUUUCUGUCCUUGGAGCAGACAGUGUCGGAUCUUAAAGAUGAGAUGAACAAGAAGCGGAAUACCAUCAGCUUAUCAUGA